AUGGAGGAUCGAGACAGACGGUUGAAAGGAGAUGGGCCUGUUGAAUGGAAAAAGGCGUGGGUGCGCAUGAAGAACAAGAAUAGCACCCUCAUGCAUGGCACUCACCUCCGCCACCUCCGGCUGCAUGCCCACCCCAUGCUGCCUGCACUCAUGCAGCUGCCUGCACUCAUGCAGCUGCCUGCACUCAUGCAGCUGCCUGCACUCAUGCAGCUGCCUGAACUCAUGCAGCUGCCUGCACUCAUGCAGCUGCCUGCACUCAUGCAGCUGCCUGCACUCAUGCAGCUGCCUGCACUCAUGCAGCUCCCUGCACUCAUGCAGCUGCCUGAACUCAUGCAGCUGCCUGCACUCAUGCAGCUGCCUGCACUCAUGCAGCUGCCUGCACUCAUGCAGCUGCCUGCACUCAUGCAGCUGCCUGCACUCAUGCAGCUGCCUGCACUCAUGCAGCUGCCUGCACUCAUGCAGCUGCCUGCACUCAUGCAGCUGCCUGCACUCAUGCAGCUGCCUGCACUCAUGCAGCUGCCUGAACUCAUGCAGCUGCCUGCACUCAUGCAGCUGCCUGCACUCAUGCAGCUCCCUGCACUCAUGCAGCUGCCUGCACUCAUGCAGCUGCCUGCACUCAUGCAGCUGCCUGCACUCAUGCAGCUGCCUGCACUCAUGCAGCUGCCUGCACUCAUGCAGCUGCCUGCACUCAUGCAGCUGCCUGAACUCAUGCAGCUGCCUGCACUCAUGCAGCUGCCUGCACUCAUGCAGCUGCCUGCACUCAUGCAGCUGCCUGCACUCAUGCAGCUGCCUGCACUCAUGCAGCUGCCUGAACUCAUGCAGCUGCCUGCACUCAUGCAGCUGCCUGCACUCAUGCAGCUGCCUGCACUCAUGCAGCUGCCUGCACUCAUGCAGCUGCCUGCACUCAUGCAGCUGCCUGCACUCAUGCAGCUGCCUGCACUCAUGCAGCUGCCUGCACUCAUGCAGCUGCCUGAACUCAUGCAGCUGCCUGCACUCAUGCAGCUGCCUGCACUCAUGCAGAUGCCUGCACUCAUGCAGCUGCCUGCACUCAUGCAGCUGCCUGCACUCAUGCAGCUGCCUGAACUCAUGCAGCUGCCUGCACUCAUGCAGCUGCCUGCACUCAUGCAGCUGCCUGCACUCAUGCAGCUGCCUGCACUCAUGCAGCUGACUGAACUCAUGCAGCUGCCUGCACUCAUGCAGCUGCCUGCACUCAUGCAGCUGCCUGCACUCAUGCAGCUUCCUGCACUCAUGCAGCUGCCUGCACUCAUGCAGCUGCCUGCACUCAUGCAGCUGCCUGAACUCAUGCAGCUGCCUGCACUCAUGCAGCUGCCUGCACUCAUGCAGCUGCCUGCACUCAUGCAGCUGCCUGCACUCAUGCAGCUGCCUGCACUCAUGCAGCUGCCUGCACUCAUGCAGCUGCCUGCACUCAUGCAGCUGCCUGCACUCAUGCAGCUGCCUGCACUCAUGCAGCUGCCUGAACUCAUGCAGCUGCCUGCACUCAUGCAGCUGCCUGCACUCAUGCAGCUGCCUGCACUCAUGCAGCUGCCUGCACUCAUGCAGCUGCCUGCACUCAUGCAGCUGCCUGCACUCAUGCAGCUGCCUGAACUCAUGCAGCUGCCUGCACUCAUGCAGCUGCCUGCACUCAUGCAGCUGCCUGCACUCAUGCAGCUGCCUGCACUCAUGCAGCUGCCUGCACUCAUGCAGCUGCCUGCACUCAUGCAGCUGCCUGCACUCAUGCAGCUGCCUGCACUCAUGCAGCUGCCUGAACUCAUGCAGCUGCCUGCACUCAUGCAGCUGCCUGCACUCAUGCAGAUGCCUGCACUCAUGCAGCUGCCUGCACUCAUGCAGCUGCCUGCACUCAUGCAGCUGCCUGAACUCAUGCAGCUGCCUGCACUCAUGCAGCUGCCUGCACUCAUGCAGCUGCCUGCACUCAUGCAGCUGCCUGCACUCAUGCAGCUGACUGAACUCAUGCAGCUGCCUGCACUCAUGCAGCUGCCUGCACUCAUGCAGCUGCCUGCACUCAUGCAGCUGCCUGCACUCAUGCAGCUGCCUGCACUCAUGCAGCUGCCUGCACUCAUGCAGCUGCCUGAACUCAUGCAGCUGCCUGCACUCAUGCAGCUGCCUGCACUCAUGCAGCUGCCUGCACUCAUGCAGCUGCCUGCACUCAUGCAGCUGCCUGCACUCAUGCAGCUGCCUGCACUCAUGCAGCUGCCUGCACUCAUGCAGCUGCCUGCACUCAUGCAGCUGCCUGCACUCAUGCAGCUGCCUGCACUCAUGCAGCUGCCUGCACUCAUGCAGCUGCCUGCACUCAUGCAGCUGCCUGCACUCAUGCAGCUGCCUGCACUCAUGCAGCUGCCUGCACUCAUGCAGCUGCCUGCACUCAUGCAGCUGCCUGCACUCAUGCAGCUGCCUGCACUCAUGCAGCUGCCUGCACUCAUGCAGCUGCCUGCACUCAUGCAGCUGCCUGCACUCAUGCAGCUGCCUGCACUCAUGCAGCUGCCUGCACUCAUGCAGCUGCCUGCACUCAUGCAGCUGCCUGCACUCAUGCAGCUGCCUGCACUCAUGCAGCUGCCUGAACUCAUGCAGCUGCCUGCACUCAUGCAGCUGCCUGCACUCAUGCAGCUGCCUGCACUCAUGCAGCUGCCUGCACUCAUGCAGCUGCCUGCACUCAUGCAGCUGCCUGCACUCAUGCAGCUGCCUGCACUCAUGCAGCUGCCUGCACUCAUGCAGCUGCCUGAACUCAUGCAGCUGCCUGCACUCAUGCAGCUGCCUGCACUCAUGCAGCUGCCUGCACUCAUGCAGCUGCCUGCACUCAUGCAGCUGCCUGCACUCAUGCAGCUGCCUGAACUCACCUCAGCACCCAUACGCAUCCUGAGCACUCAGAUCCUGCUUUGUCUCACCUCUGCCAUCUCUGGCUGCAUGCCCACCCCCUCGUGCAUCAUGGGCAACGUGAUUUACCACACAUCUAUCCAAGCACAAUACCGCAACCAUACGCAUCCUGAGCACUCAGAUCCUGCUUUGUCUCACCUCUGCCAUCUCCGGCUGCAUGCCCACCCCCUCGUGCAUCAUGGGCAACGUGAUUUACCACACAUCUAUCCAAGCCCAAUACCGCAACCAUACGCAUCCUGA